CAACCCAAGGACGAUCAGAACCAGGUGAACCGCCUAACGAGUUUACAGGUGACAAACCCGAAGAGAGAAAAAAAGGCAGUGGCUGAAAGCAGUGCGACUUAUAAAAAGUAAGAGCAAGCGUUCAGAAUGAGAUCAAUCGUUUUUCGGUUACCGUGCUGCAAUCACUGUGCUCAAAAUCAGUCGGCAACAUGCGUCGUUCGUUCAGCUUAGUGUUUACGUUACUGUUUAUGGGGAUAGCACUGAGCGUUAUGUUGGUCACCUGUGCACCUCCCGAAAGUCGGACGACAUACCCGAAUACAUUUUUCAGAAAGAAAUCCACUUCGUCCUACUCGGUAAAACCGACCACCGACUACAAACCGGUUCCAACGGUCACCUAUAAACCGGCUGUUCCAUCAGUGACAACGCACAAGCCAACAACGAUCGUACCUGUUUACAAAGCGUUCGCUGUGCUACCGACGACGACGUACCAGCCCUUCACAGAAUCAAAGGCUCCUAUCGCAGCAUCGUACGCGAAAAACACUUUCUUCAAAGCCAAAUCUGCUGGAGUGUCUUCGGGAAAACCAACGGAAGCACCGGCCGUGAUAAGAUAUACUCCUCCGUCAGCUGGCAACGAUAUCCAACUUGAUCCAUCGGCAAACGGGAAGACCGGAUUAUACGCCAACACGUUUUUCAAGAAUAAGCCGAAGGCAUAUGUUGAAAGCAAUUAUAACAAGGUAACAACAGCUGCGACAACAACAUCGUCGGUGGUAAUUAGUCCAGUGAAAAUCUCUGAGCCAGUUAACGAAGGUGAUGUGAAACCAGCGAAGAAAGUGUCGUACACCAAUACCUAUUUCAAGGCGAAGCCGGCCAUUGUUUCCACUCAAAUACCUGCGUUGGAGAAUCACGCGGCCAAGUUAAGCUCCAAUGAUUCGUCGUCGGAGGAAUCGUCGGAAGAGAGCCAUGGUUUAGGAAGUACAUCGGAAACGUCGGAGGAAUCAUCGGAAGAGGAGGGUGCGUCCGAGGAGAAAGGUGAGGAAGAGGCAUCGCAAGAAGGUGAAGAGCACGAGGAGGGAAACGAAUCGAACGAAGAAGAAAAGGAAGAGGGCAAUGAAAAAACUGAAGGAAAGAAAGAAGAUGAGAAACAAGAUGAAAAAGAAGUUAAGAAAGAAGAAUCCAAGGAUAAAGUCGACGCCAAACUCGUUCAGAAAGAAACUUUGCCACCUCAGAGACCAACCGUCAGCAGCGUUCAGCUCGUUCACGAGAAAAAGGAAGCGAAACCAGUAUUUUUGGCAUUCAAAAAGAUGAGGUCGAAACCAAACUCUGCAUAAAUUAUUCCAUUUGCCACACGAAGACGUUCGUACGACUUAAUAACGAUGCUCAAUGAAGAUUCUUUAUACUUUUACCAUUUUGGCCAUAAUUCUAUUUAAUAAUAUAUUUUACCUCUAUUCGAAUAUAUAAACUACAGUAUUUAUUAAUAUAAAAUCAUUGCCGGCUAUUAGUCCGAUUCAUUAUAGUUCGGACGUACAUAUUAUUCUUAAUAGCCCGGUAAACCCAUUUUCAAAGGCAAAGGUUUAAAAAGAAAGUGCAAUUGAUCAAACAAAUAUUUACUAUUGUAAAGAGCUUAGGCUGCAUAAGAAGCCAUGAGAAACGAUUGUAUCUUUUCGGUGUGUAAAACGAUAUCUUUUUUUUAAUUGUGGUUUCGGUCUAUGUACCAAGAGCGGAAACCCUUGAAAGCCUCGUAAUGGUCAAUACAGUUUCUUAAUGACCCACA